AUGGGGAAGAAGAAGCUUACGCUAUUGUCCGCUUUGGUAGCAAUGCUGGCCGUGGUAGCAGUAGCAACGAUGCAGGAAGAUGAGCAGGAAUGCGCAGACCAGCUCACCAAUCUUGCCGCUUGCAUUCCAUUUGUAUGCGGCACCGCCCAGAAGCCAACACAGCAGUGCUGCCAGGACACCCAGAAAGUAAAGAGUGCCAAACCCAAAUGCCUGUGUGUUCUCAUCAAGGAGAGCACUGAGCCCUAUAUGGGCCUCCCUGUCACUACCACUUUGGCACUUCAAAUGCCAUCAAAAUGCAACAUUGACGCCAAAGUUUCUGACUGCCCCUGUAAUUUCUCUAGUCACACUUUUAACACCCAAUUGAAAAUACCUGUGUUUUCUCUUUGA